ACAGAUUACAACUGCAAUUCAGUACGGCUUUCUGAUAUGGCUCCUCGGUCAGAACAUCUGUUUAUAUUUGAUGACUUGUUUGGCCAACGAUACAGAUGGCAUAAAGUAGAUGUGACUAUAAGUGAGAUUAUAUUGGAGUUCAGCUCCAUAGACAAGAUUAUUGAGUGUGGUGUACAGAUCAUGACAGAGGAAGCUGAGGGUAGCAGCAGCAGCGAAUUGGACAACUUUGAAACUGAAAUUAGCAGAAGCCAAGUGGACAACUAUGAAACUGAGAGUAGCAGGCUAGCAGCAGCAGCGAAGUGGACAACUAGGAAACUGAGAGUAGCAGCAGCGAAGGUGGAGAUGGUGAUGGAGACUAUGAAGCAGAAGGUUUCAAGUUCUCUCAAGUUGAAAAUAUCAAAACCAGUAAACAUAGGUUUUAGGAUUUGGCUUAGGAAGCUUGGUCUGAAAGAGAAGAAGAUGAAUACGACAGAGCGGAGUUCUCGUGGAGUCUCAUGAGACCAAACCAAUUUUGGUACUUUCUUAGCUCCUUCACCAUCUUUAUAAGGUACUAUCUCGUAAAUAACAGAUGGAGAUGGAGAUUAUGAGCCUCAAGCUGUUCAGCUCCGUAAAGAUGAAAACAUCAUAGGUUGUUGGAUUUAGUUUGGGAAGUUUAAUCUGGGGUAGAAGAAGAAUACAAAACCUGAAACUUA